CUAGCACUGCCUCCUUCGUGUCUUUAAUUCUUUCUUGAAGAGACAAAUGAAUAGACCUUUUAUUUCUGUUUACAGGCAGAUAUAAUUGUAAAUCGUGCACUUUUUGGUCUAAAUGUGAUAUUGCAAGUGGAACUAGGAUGGAGCAUGGAUGACUGUUGUCCUACCGGAAUGUCAAAAAAAGACAUGGCAGAUGUCCUUCUGGAAGAAGAUGAAGAAGAAUGUCCCAAGCUGGUUCCAAUUGAAAUAGGUCCAAAUGUAGGAAGUGCACGGAUCCCAGUAACAAUCAUAACUGGAUAUUUAGGUGCUGGUAAAACAACACUUCUGAAUUACAUUCUAACGGAACAACACAAUAAGAGGAUUGCUGUAAUCCUUAACGAGUUUGGUGAAGGGAGUGCUCUAGAGAAAUCAUUGGCUGUUAGCCAUGCAGGAGAACUUUAUGAGGAAUGGUUGGAGCUACGGAAUGGAUGCCUUUGCUGUUCUGUGAAGGACAAUGGCUUGAAGGCCAUCGAAAACCUCAUGCAGAAAAAGGGAAAGUUUGACUACAUUCUGCUGGAAACCACUGGUUUGGCUGAUCCAGGUGCUGUUUCCACCAUGUUUUGGGUUGAUGAAGAAUUAGGAAGUGAUGUUUACCUUGAUGGUAUUAUCUCUGUUGUUGAUGCAAAGUAUGGAAUGCAGCAUCUGACAGAAGAGAAACCCGGAGGCCUGGUUAAUGAAGCAGCCAGGCAGAUUGCCCUUGGUGACCUCAUUAUCAUUAAUAAAACUGACCUGGUUCAACAUGAGGAGCUGGUUAACCUGAAAACAGCUGUAAGGUCAAUUAACGGAUUUGCUAAAUUAAUUGAAACACAAAGAUCAAGAGUUGAACUUGCAGAGGUUCUUGACUUGCAUGCUUUUGACAACCAAGCCAGUGAAAAUUUGCAAGAAAGAUUAUGCCUUGUACAGACAGCUGGACCUCACCUUGAUAAGAGUAUCAUUACAGUUACAUUUGAAAUUCCUGGCACCAUUUUUGAAGAGGACUUAAACAUAUACCUUCAGAAUCUGUUAUGGGAAAAACAUUUGAAGAAUAAAUCAGGCUAUACAAUGGAAAUAAUACGAUUAAAGGGUAUUGUGUCAAUAAAUGAAAAGCCACGGCAGAUGAUUGUCCAAGGUGUUCAUGAGCUUUACGAGAUAGAAGAAACUUCCGUUAACUGGAGUUCAGAAAGUGAAAGAAUCAACAGAUUUGUGUUUAUAGGAAGAAACUUGGAUAAAGAAAUUCUUGAGAAAGUGUUUGUUGCAACGGUAUUGAAGCAAGGAGAAUCCAGCUGAAAUUUUAAUGGAAAGUUGAAAGGCUGAUGUAAUUUAACUGAAGAUUAAUGUUUUCUUAGUGGAGAUUAAAUUUAAUUUCCUUUCUCUCCUUGUACUUGGUUUAUUAGUGCCAGUCCUCCAGCUCUUGAGAGGAAAGAUCUGUGUUCAGAGUUAAUAUACGCUCCAGCUAGAGGGAUGCGGUACCCACUGCUAACCCAUUUCCACAGCAUCUCUCUCAGAAAAGAGAAAACAUGUACUGUAUUAUUGUACUCUCCUUGGAAAGUGAUGGAGUUACCAUAGAAAUGAGCAAAUGCCAGUGCUAUGAAAACCUUUGAUGCAGACCUUUCCCAAUCUGAUUGAGUUAUGAGCAUUCAUUCUCAUGACAUUCAUUCUUAGACUGUUUGAUGACUUUCUUGUGAAUUUUGUUCUUGUCUGAAUGAGAGACGUUAGUAAUGGGGAUUGGAACACACUUGCAUUAAACACUCACGCCUAGGUCAGGUGUAGCACAUGUAGAGUAUGGCACAAUGACUGAUUAGUUUUUCACUAAUGAACCUGGGGAUGCUGGGCCCAAUCAUAACACACAAAGAGGAGCCAAAUGAGCUAGAUUCCAGCCUUCUGUUCCAAAUCCCCAGCCGUGUGCACCAAUCCUCUGUCUUGCACCUUGUACUGCACUAUUGAGGGAUCUUUCCAUUUGUAUCGUCGGCUGUCCUGCAGGCAUUGAAAUUGCAAGUAUAAUGUUUAAUCUGUGUAUUGGUACCACUCCCACCACUAAUCACAUUGUGACUAUUUGAAUUUAGGUUACAUAAGCCUAUUUCAGACUGCAGCCAGAAGAAAUCUUUGUCCUCAUUUUGCCAUCUCGUGCCAUCUUUUUCACCUCCCAGAUCACUGGAAGAUAUUUACUUAAUUGCUGAAGUAUAGUCUGGGGCUGCUGUUGAUUUUCAUUCCUUCUGAUAGGUGGUCAUUUUAUAAACCAUAGUGCCCUUUUAUUCGACUAUUUUUCUAGCACACUGCACAAAGUCAUAAAAAUAGUUAAAAAGAUAAACAUUUUUCAUUAUUUUAUCAGGAUCCUUGACGAAGUUCAACAGUUAAUUACAUGAUAUGUGCUUAAUCUGCUGAAGUGUUGAGAUUUCAAUUGCUUUUGCUGCAAAGCUCAAGCACUAAACAUUAAAAAAAAAUUGAAUGCAAGUUGCUUCACUCAAUGUUUAUGUCGUGCUUCAUGUGCACAACUGAAUUACUGUAUUGAUAAGCAAAUAUUGUGCAAAAUUCUGUAAGACUGGAUGGAAUUUGCCUUUCUAAUCAAGUGACGGAUUUUGCUCCUAGUGUCUAUCACAAGAACACUGCCUGUCAUGUACAUUUCUUUCUCUUGCAAAACCAUAAUUUCUGAACAAAUUUGCUAGUUGAGGACUGUAUAAAAGGAUACUUUGUGAGGACACGAGAAUGGAUGUGUUUAAGAUUAUUUAUUUUCUGAGUACUAUUUUCCAACAGAUAGUGUGUGGUCAGUGCUCUCUCAGUAUGUCCUUAUAAUCUGUUCUUGCACACAAGUAGGCAGUAAUUAUAGUCUGUGAUUCUCUUUGGGAAGGUGUAACUUGUACUGCUGAUGCAUCAAUAAAUUGCAAACUUGUUGUUUGUGAUAUUUGCUUUUGGAAGCCAGUUAUAAGAAAACUUUGGUUUAUCUUGGCCUUGUAAUAAAAGGAAAAUCCCAUCUGGAUCUUGAUUUGAAUAAAAGAUAAAGAAUGGAGACAAAUAAUGAAAAUUAAACUGAAGGAUUGCUCAGUGUUAAUUGUAGUAACUACUGUUAUUUAUACCCUUGUGUCAGUCUUCUCAAAAUGACUAUUACAAUCAGAAUUGGAAUUUACUGAAUUUAAUGUAAUUCAAGCAGCAUUUGACCAUUCUAUUCCAUACGUAAUUAUCAAAGUGACUAAAAAUGAGCUAGUAAUCGAACUGCAUCCACUUUGUGAUGGUGUAUAAACAAUCUAUGGUACAACUUAUAAAACACAGGCCAAUCUCAU